CGCGCAGCACACGGACAAAGCUGAAGAGGACAUCUGUGCCAAUAUUACACGCAUCUAUCACUCCAGGCUGCGGGAGCCACCAUGAGCAUUGCGGGCUGACUCUCCUCCGGCACGACCCCGCUCCCUGUGCGGGACCCCGCCGCCGACAUGGCUUCGUUGUACCAGAGAUUCACCGGGAAGAUCAACACCGCCAAUUCCUUCCCGCAGCCCCCUGAGGCCAGCCGCCUGCUCGGCGCGCAGGUGGCGGACGAGGAGAGCAAGAACCCCGCGUCCCUGGCGGACGCGCGGCUCAGCCACGUCCAGUGCCGCAAGAAAUGCAUGCGAGAAGAUGAAGACGACCUGGUGGGCAGUGCUCCACCGCAGAGGAACUGGAAAGGAAUCGCCAUUGCCCUGCUGGUCAUCCUCUUCAUCUGCUCCUUGAUUGUCACUUCCGUCAUCCUGCUCACCCCUCGUGAAGAUGACAGUCUGGCCCUCAAGAAGAAAGUCACUCUGGACGACGUCUUUGGUCCAGGCCUCCGCAUCCACGACCCCCACGCCGCGUGGCUCAGCGGUGAGUUCAGCUUUGCAUGUCACAGAGAAGAAAAGAUGUCCGGUGACAUUACAGGGAAAAUCUGCUUUAAUUGA